CUGACUCUAUGAGACGGUAGACCAAGACUUAUGAGGGGUUAUAUGACUACUGACAUGACAGAAACCCUCAGUUGAUCACAGAUUCUCAAGGAAACAGAUGAACAAUUUGCUUCCAAAACAAAGUUCUUCUCAAAAAUACUCACAUCAGACCACUCCCCUUUUCGUCCUUGCUCUCCUGCAGAUGUCUUACCUGGUUAGGGGGUCGCUGUAUUUCACACGGAUCAGAGGUGGCGCCCAAUCCUUGAAAAGAGCAAGCUUCAUAACAAAAGGAGACGCAAGAGAAGUUGACCAAAAAUAAUGACUGGGAGCAAAAACGUACAACACCAGGGAUUCGCUGGUCGUCACCGACCCAACUACUAAUCUGGCGCUUUCUGAUUUAACUAUGGGAGAGCGGACGGGAUCCCGUGUAUUUCAGAGGCUAUGAUCGUACGUGUUAGGACGAGUUGUUCUUUUGUUAUAUAUCCCGUGUUUGGUUUUCGAUGUGAGCAGGCGGGAACGGUUGGCCCGCAACAACCACCUUGGGAAGGCUACGAUGACUUAAACAACCAAACGAAGGAAACCCGGCUUGGGAAAAUGCUAUGCGGGGAUCGUUAUUUGGGCAAUAUAAGUUGAUAUUGAGGAUAAAUCAGACUUGGACUCAAAUACAUCUGAGAUAGACGGCGCGG